AUGUGUGACAUAUUAGUGUGUCUACAGGUCAACUUGCUAUUGACAAAAUGGAUGAAAGAGCUAGAAAAAAUAUUCUAUGGGAACAUUGUGAAAUAUGAUACUGCAAUAAGCCCAGAAGCAAGCCAGGAUGAUCUUGUAAAUGUCAUCUGGAGGAAUGUGUACGCUGACGAAGGUUCAGAGCCCAUGGACGCAGCUGCUACCCCUGCUGUCCAGGCAUUGGCAAGAUAUACUCGGAGGGAGGCAACUUGCCUAUCAUUGACAGAUAAAGAAGCUGUGUUCUCUGGCAACUUCAAGUUUACGGCCGUUUUGCCAACCGUCCUCAGCCCAGUGAAGCGACGGCGAUGA